UAAAGACGACUUUCACAACACGGAAAUGAGUAAAUUUCGAACGGUAUUUUUCAGUUUGUGCGCGCUUUUCUUCGGGCUAACAACACAGGCCAGUUUACCAAGUGAUUUAUACUACAAUGCAGGUGUGGUGGAAUUUCGACCUUCGAUGGCAUUGACCAGCGAAAGUCGUGUCAAAGAUAAUCUAGAAGGAUAUUUGGAAAUAUUGGCUCUCAAAGAGGCUGAGCCAUUGGAUAUAGUAGUGUUUCCGGAGAGUACUUUGAACGAUAACGACCAUGCGACAUUUGUGCCAAAUCCCUCCAAGGCCAUGAUGGCGCCGUGUGAUGCCGACGAAGGGGAGCAGUAUCAUUAUGUGUUACAACAGCUGUCUUGUGCGGCCCGCAAGUAUGCCAAGUAUCUUGUUAUUAAUUUAACCGAAAAGGAAUUGUGCUCCGAAGCUGCUGAAGACCCUAGGCCCUGUGCCAGCAAUGGCCUUAACGUCUAUAAUACCAAUGUGGUAUUUGAUCGCCAGGGAGCAGUGAUAUCGCGUUACCGCAAGAUCCAUCCCUAUGGGGAGAACAAGAAUACUACUUAUCUGCCUGAGCUAGGAUGGUUCGAUACAGAUUUCGGUGUGCGCUUUGGCCACUUUAUCUGCUUCGACAUUCUGUUCUAUACACCGGGCCAAGAAAUGGUGGACAAGCAGGGCAUUAAAGAUUUCAUAUUUCCCACUAUGUGGUUCUCACAGCUACCCUUCCUAACAGCUGUUCAAGUGCACCAGGCCUGGUCAUAUGGGAAUGAUGUCAAUCUGUUGGCCGCAGGAGCUUCCAAUCCCAUGGUGGGUAGUACAGGUACAGGCAUUUAUAAUGGGCGCAAUGGCAUUCUGGUGGCUGUCAUGAAUCAGGGAUUGGGGAAACGCACUCUACAUGUGUCCCGGGUGCCCAAAUAUGCGAAUCCGAAGCAUAGGACAAAAAGAUCCUUAUCACCUGCCGCCACCUCAAGACUAGAAAAACCAGAUGUUCGUCUCAAACGAGAUUAUCUAGAAUUGUACGACACCCUUAUAGUGGAUCUUAGCAAGGGUACCCAUUUAUCGCAAAAAUUGUGUUACUCCAAUUCGUCAUUAUGUUGCUCAUUUGAUUUGCAUUAGCAACCCUUGUCUCUCAAUGGGGAUUCCCAGCAUUAUUACUAUCGCCUAGGGGCGUUUAGUGGCCUGCGCAAGGAUACGACCGAUGAAACAAAUGAACUAAUGAAUUGUGCCUUAAUCAGCUGCAUAGGCAUGAACGACAUAAUGGAUUGUGGCAAGGUGUACAGCAUCAAUACGGAUGUUAUAUUCGAGAAUAUAACCAUUGAGGCUCGAUUUCCCAAAACCAAUGGUUUUCUACUAAUGCCAAAUAGUUUGAAGGCGAGCGAUUUAAUGCCUGUACCGGUGGGAGAGUUUGAAUGGUCAGAAGUUUUAACAAAAGACAACCACAUUGAUGUUCGCUAUAGUUUGAAUACCUCAACCAGUAAUCUCUUGGCCUUUUCCAUCUAUGGCAAUUAUUACGAUGGCGAUGGUUUGGAUGAUGCUGCUUCUUCACCGGCCAUUUCAACUUUGUGCGGAUUAAUAGGCAUUUUGGUACA